ACUCGGCCCCUGGAGCCCACAUGGUGCGAGUGAAUGGGCUCGAGCAGUUUGUGCUGACCUCCACACAUGCCCCACCCCAUGAUAAAAUGUGAUUAAAAACCAACCAACCAGGUUUCCAGGGGGGGAAAAAGAGACUAUGGAGUGGUUUCGAUUCUCUGCACCCACAUGGCAGCUCCGGUUCCAGUUCCCACUCCCUCAUGCAGACGCGUGCAGGCAAAACACCAAUGCACACAAAUAAAUUGAAUUAAAUAGGACAGCUACCCCCAAGACACAGAAACCGUUACAGAAGAGGGGCGGCGAAGGUAGUGGCGAUGAGCAUCAAAACAGCAUCUGCCAGACACGGCAGCGCCAGCGCCGUUGCACGCAGGAGCUCCUCACGGCCCCCGUGACGGCUUGCACGCAGGAGCUCCUCACGGCCCCCGUGACGGCUUGCAUGCAGGAGCUCCUCACGGCCCCCGUGACGGCUUGCACGCUGGAGCUCCUCACGUCCCGGUGACGGCUUGCACGCUGGAGCUCCUCAUGCCCCCGUGACGGCUUGCAAGCUGGAGCUCCUCACUGCCCCUGUGACGGCUUGCACGCAGGAGCUCCUCACGCCCCCGUGACGGCUUGCACUCAGGAGCUCUUCACGGUCCCCGUGAGGGCUUGCACACACUACCAGGGGAACAUCGGGAAAGAGAGAGAAGAAAACGAGCAAGAAGGAAGCUGUGCGUUGGUGGUGCACGCCUUUAAUCCCAGUACUCGGGAGGCAGAGGCAGGCGGAUCUCUGAGUUCGAGGCCAGCCUCUGGUCUUCAAAGAGAGUUCCAGGACAGUCUCCAAAACCGACAGAUACUCAAUAAACAUUUACAGAAUGAACAAACUUACAAGGCAUCUUUUCCCCAACUUACUAGUCCAUGAGGCUGCAUGAGUGAGUUCCAGUUUGAGGAACUAACUGUUCUGGGGCCAGAAGACAGGGUAUUUUCACAGAACCUACCCCACUUCCAGUAGGAUGAUAUCACCUUGGACCAGACCUUAGAACUGAAGCCUCACGAUGACAGAACCGGAACCGGAGACACUGGCUCUGCUGGAAAUGAAGGAACCCGAGGCUCCAGAGAAGAGCCCACCGCAGGUGCUAGUCCCCACUGGUCGGCAGCCAGAGGAAGAAGAUGGGACCGAGUCCCCUGGAGCUGAGUCUCUCAGAGUAGGGUCUUCAACUGGGUCUCCCAUAGUCAGAGAGAGGCCUGAGGAGGGUCCAGAGAGCACUAUAAGUGAGGCCGCGACUUUGCCCUGGGGAACUGACCCUCACCCCAGCGCCCCACUUCCAGAUCCCCCAGGCUGGCGAGAUAUUGAACCAGAGCCCCUAGAGUUGGAGCCACUCACCAAGUUGGAGGAACCACUCACUACUAAGUCUGAGGAACCACUCAAAGAUGAUGCCAACUUGCUCCUUGAGAAGUCAGUUAGGGCUUUCGUGCCCAUUGACCUCCAGUGCAUUGAGCGGAGGCCACAGGAGCGCACAGAGCGCAGGAAUUUCCUGCCAGCCCGACUCAGCCACCCCGAGCCUCCGGAGUGCAAGUGGGCUGAGGCAGUUGUGAGACCCCCUGGCCGGUCCUGUGGGGGCUGUGGGAGCUGUGGAGGCCGCGAGGCGCUGAGGGCUGUAGCCUCGUUGGUGGCUGCCCUCAUUUUCUUCCCCUGCCUGCUGUAUGGAGCAUACGCCUUCCUGCCCUUCGAUGCUCCCAGGCUGCCCACCAUGAGCUCCCGCUUGAUCUACACCCUACGCUGUGGGGUCUUUGCCACCUUCCCCAUCGUGCUAGGGCUCCUUGUAUACGGCCUGAGUCUGUUGUGCUUUUCUGCCCUCCGGCCCUUUGAAGAGCCAAGGCGGGAAGUAGAGAUCCACCGUCAGUACGUGGCCCAGUCCGUGCAGCUCUUCAUCCUCUACUUCUUUAAUCUGGCCGUCCUUUCCACCUAUCUGCCCCAGGACAACCUCAAGCUGCUCCCCCUGCUCACUGGUCUGUUUGCAAUAUCUCGGCUGAUUUACUGGUUGACCUUUGCUGUGGGCCGCUCCUUCCGAGGCUUUGGCUAUGGGCUGACUUUCCUGCCGCUGUUGGCCAUGCUGAUGUGGAACCUCUACUACAUGUUCGUGGUGGAGCCCGAGCGCAUGCUCACUGCCUCUGAGAGUCGCUUGGAUUACCCGGACCACAUGCGAUCUAUCUCCGACUACAGGCCGCGCUCAUGGGGCUGAGCUGCCCUGGGGCUGUGCAGGGGAAUUUCAGUGCUUCCCUGAAACAAUUGCAGGCCUGGCCUUUGCCCAGGUCGUGGACCUUCAAUGUGAGGAAUCUUGCUACUGCCCUUUGGGGCCCCAUCCAGCGGGGCCCAGAUACCCCAGUUCUCUCCUAGCUUUUGUUUUACUCCUGGAGUGUGAGAGCCUGAGACUGGAUUAACACUCUUCCUUCUUGGCCUCUCACUAUGCCACACUAAGGCUAAGGCUGGAUGGCUACCUCACUACCCAGCUUCCUGUGGGCCAGGGGUGCAGAGCUGCAGCCCAACCUCAACUGUCUUUGCCAGCUGUAUAGAUGAAAGUCAAGGAGAUGGGCUUAAGCCCAAGGGUAGAGCUUGGAAUCACAUCAGAUAAGGACAUCUUUGACACUAGAUGGAAACCUCCCUAGGAGGCCUGGAUUAAAGACCCUCUCUAUCCCUGGCUUCAAGACUUUUUUUUGCCUCAGUCAAGACUAUUGCAGCUGUUGCCGUCCCUCUCUCAACCUACAUGGGUCCCUGUAACCUUCCACUUUUCAGACUUCCAAGAAAUCUCACUGUAAAAGUGGGGGGCUGGGAAGCCGGGCGUUGGUGGUGCACACGCCUUUAAUCCCAGCACUAGGGAGGCAGAGUCAGGCGGAUCUCUGUGAGUUCGAGGCCAGCCUGGUCUCCAGAGGGAGUGCCAGGAUAGGCUCCAAAGCUACACAGAGAAACCCUGUCUCGAAAAACAAAACAAAACAAAAGUGGGGGGCUGGGGCAGAGGGAUGAAACCUCCAAAAGAACUGUAAAUAGUCACAUGUAGUGGCUGGAUGGCAGAGUGACUGCUUGCUCAGUAUAUAUGUGUGAGUAUGUAAUAAAUCACUGCCCGCCUCCCAUGACUCUUUCUUCCUGCCCCUCCCCCCACCUCAAGUCAACUCCUAAGCAUCAAGAGGAUGGCUGACAAGAGCCUUGGGGGAGACCACUGGGAUUGGUGAGAAAAUGUGCCUUCAAAUAGAAAUUGCCUUUCAAGCCUA